ACAGUCGUGGAAGGAGUGCGGCGGCCAAGCUAACUGCAACACCGUAACUAGCUACAUGUGGAGGGUAGAACGGGAGGCAUCCCUGACCCUAACUCUGUCAAAAUCCCUCAUUUUCUACCCAAAACAACUCUAAAGUUCAGCCUCAUUGAACAUAAGGGAUAUUAUCUGUUUACAAUGAAAGGUAGCCGGAUCGAGCUGGGGGAUGUUACGCCCCACAACAUAAAGCAGCUGAAACGCCUGAACCAGGUCAUCUUCCCUGUCAGCUACAAUGACAAGUUUUACAAAGAUGUACUGGAAGUUGGAGAGCUUGCAAAGCUAGCAUACUUCAAUGAUAUUGCAGUGGGUGCUGUGUGCUGCAGAGUGGAUCACUCUCAGAACCAGAAGAGACUGUACAUCAUGACGCUGGGCUGUCUAGCACCCUACCGUAGACUUGGAAUUGGUACAAAGAUGCUGAAUCAUGUGCUAAACAUCUGUGAGAAGGAUGGCACUUUUGACAACAUUUACCUUCAUGUGCAGAUCAGCAAUGAGUCAGCCAUUCACUUUUACCAGAAGUUUGGCUUUGAGAUCAUCGAAACAAAAAAGAAUUACUACAAGAGGAUAGAGCCCGCAGAUGCCCAUGUGUUGCAGAAGAGUCUGCGCAGCCCAUGUGCACCGCCCACUGCAGAGCUUCAGAAGUCAGAGUAGGGGCACAGCGUUUGGAAAGAGCACAGUUGUGCCAGCCUCCACAGAAACAGAACUGUGACAAAUGCCCCAGGGUCGACACAUUCAACACUUUCUUCAAAGGAUGCAAAAAGAGAAAACAAAUUUAAAGUAAUAAAAAAAUGCUGCAUUUAUUUUGCAAUGGGGUCCCCUUUUGAUUUUUGCAUAUUGUAUUGCUCCGUGUCCUCAUACAGAUAAUUGAAAACUACAAAAAUCUCAGUAUUCAAAACUGCUUGACAAAGUUAACAACAUAAGACAGUUUUAGACUUGGUGAUGAGGGGGAGGGUGUGGUGUUUGCAAAUCAUACAGUUUGUGUUUGAGUUUUAAUGCGGUUAUAAAGCUAAUGGGGACAUAUCUUUACUGUUGAGCAAAAUAAAUCGGUUGGUUAGAAGCUGUAAAAGUGUUUGAAAGACCACCACUGACACACAAGUACCAUCUGGUCAGCUUGGAGUGAUGCUUUGAGCUGUUCCAUGGAAUGGUCACAACUCUAUUCCCUCACCACCUGAACCUUGGGAAUUAUGGGAAAUGAGUCUGACCAGCUUGUUAUGUCAUGACCAGAGGGGAAAAGCAGAAAUGUAUCCCCUCGGUUCGGGUGUAAAGAAGGGUGAACGUUUUUGAGGUGGCGGGAAGACUGUCGCCACUCGUAAUUUCUGAAUCACUUUAUUUUCCAGCCUGUUAAUUUAAUUCCCCUUCAACUGUAAUUUUGUAUUUUUUACAUUUGAAAUGGCAAAUGGUUCAGAGCUUCUCCUUGGUUUACUACCAAGACUGAAAACAUUAAGGAAUGAAAGAAACAAACAACAUAUUGUGUUGAAUGUGGUUCUGAGAAGGGCACUCAACAUAAUCUUGAUGUUUCAACUAGACUGUGUCUAUUUGGGCAUUAUUUACAGUAGAAUAAUAAAGAUUUGUGAGGAUAUGUCUUUAAACACAUAAGUGUUUUGAGACAUCUUACCUUAAACAUCUUUCAGAAUUGGUCUUCUACAACUAUCUGCCACAGUCAGCUUGUGUUACACACACCAUUGUGCUUGUCUGAUAGUUUAGCAGUUUUGUUAAGGUCUCUCGAACAGUGUUAACCCAGAGGAAGCUCUGUCCCCUCGGCAUGCAAGGAGAGUUGUCCUGUCCACUGUAGUAUACGCAUGUUUUUCCUUUCUUUGAAGAAUUUUAUCUUUUCUGGAGCUCUAUAUUGUAAGACUUUUUAACGUCUAAAUAAAGGAAUUACUAUUUGCAGUAAA